AUGGGCUUUUUCGACUCGCGCUAUUUUUUGCGCGGAAAAGGGCUCAGGCUCUCGGUCACCUUCUGCUCAUGUACUGGUUUCCUUUUGCUUGGUUAUGACCAGGGUGUGAUGGGUUCCAUCAUUGGUGCUGAUAAUAGGUUUGGCCAGGACUUCAACCACCCCGAUGCCACGAGACAGGGUUUAAUCACUUCGGUCUACGACUUGGGAUGUGUUCUCGGGUCGAUUAUUUCUUUCUUCAUUGGUGAGGCCAUGGGAAGGCGGAAGAUGAUGCUUUUUGGUGCUUCCAUCAUGAUUGUGGGAACCAUAUUGCUUGGUUCGUCUUACUCUCUCGGACAGCUCUACGUGGGUAGAAUUGUCACAGGACUCGGAAAUGGAUUUAAUUCUUCGACUAUUCCAGUUUAUCAAUCAGAGUGUGCUCUUGCGGCCUAUCGUGGUGUUUUGCUCACAUGGCAGGCCGUGGUGACCAUUCUUGGUGUCGUGAUUGCGUAUUGGAUCGGCUUUGGAACCUCUUUCACAGACAGCUCUGUCCAAUGGAGAUUUCCAAUUUCGUUCCAGGCACUGUUCGCUAUUUCUCUUGUAAUUGAGUGUUUUUUCCUCCCAGAAACUCCUCGUUGGUUGAUCCAACAGGGCCGUUCUGAGGAGGCAGCUCAAGUGCUGGCCGACUUGUUGGGUGGUGAUACUACUCCAGACUCUGACGAGGUGGUCCGCGAGCGUAUUGAGAUCGAAACCGCUGUGGAGCUUGAAUCUCGUGGAGGUCCAUUCAGAAUUAAGGAGCUUUUCGAAGGAGGUCCAAUCCAGAAUUUCAGACGUAUGCUUCUGAGUAUCGGUAUCAACAUUAUGCAACAGUUCACGGGAUCGAAUAUGAUCAACUACUAUGCGCCAAUCGUUUACCAGGAAACAAUGGGUAUGGACAGAAUCACCAGUUUGAUCAUGGCAGGAUGUACUGAGAUCGUUUAUCUGAUUGGUUCUCUGAUUCCCUUGUGGUGCGUGGAAAAGUUUGGUAGAAGAAACCUGCUUAUCGCUUCGUCUGCUGGACUUUCAUUCUGCUUCAUCAUGGUGUCCAUCCUACUCUCAAUUGGUACUGAAAGGUGUGCAAUUGGAGCCUCUGUAUUUGUGUAUCUUUACCAGUUGUUCAUGGGUAUUGGCUGGUUGCCAGUUCCAUGGUACUACCCUGCUGAGCUGAACACCACCAGACUGAGAUCCAGAGUCCAAGCCAUUGGCUCGGCCUUUAACUGGAUGUCUGUGUUUGCUGUGGUUCAAAUCACUCCUAUCGCCAUUCAGAAUAUUGGCUGGAAGACUUUCAUCAUCUUUGCCAUUCUGUGUGCUGUCUGGAUUAUCGUGAUAUUCUGUCUCUACCCUGAGACCUCAGGUCUUGAGCUCGAAGAUAUCGACCACAUCUUUGAGAGACCAGGUCUCACCAGAGGUGUCUUUACCACUCGUGGUAAGACAGUCGAGAAGCAUGCUCACGCCAGGGCUAUGCACUUGCUCGAGGACGAAAAGGCCUCGGUUGAAGAGAUGGAAAAUGGCGACGGCGACGCCUGA